AGCGCGAAAAAAAUCUGUUUAGGGCAAAGUAGACAAUUGUUGCGUUCCACGAUUGGUUCGAAGACAGUGAGAGCUUGCUCUUCUUCGGCGUAGUUUUUUUUCCGGGAGGGAACUCAGAUUUAUUCAAACCAAAAGCUUAAUUUUCUUGUCUCGUCAGUUUCAGAUCCAAACAUGUUUAAUAGCAAGCCAAUGGUGAAGAAAAAACAAGGCAUGGUGGAGGCUGUUGAUGAUCCUGACCUGAGCUUUAGCAAGAUCAUGAAAGAUGUUCAGCUCUUUGCUAGCUCACAUAUGACAUGGAAGGAUAAGAAAGCAUUGGAGAAUCAGAAAGUCAGUGGACUUGGUGGGAAGCCUCAAAGGAAACAGAGGCUACCCCUCAGUGUAGCGCGAGUACAGAUGAAGAAACAGAAAGAAAGAGAAGAAAAGACGUUUGAACAGAAUGUGAUUUUUGGACAAUUUGGUGGUACAAGUAGGAAGAAGCCCGCUGCUGAUAAGAAGCGUAAGCCAGAGGAAAGAGUCUUGAAAUCAACUUUUGGGAAUUUCAGGGGUGGUGUUCUUGAUGUUAAGGAUUUACUACGUUCUGGUGGUUCUUCAAGAACUAAUGACAGAGAUAACAAUUACGGCAAGGACAAGAACAAGUCCAAAGGCAUGGAGGUGGAGGAAGAGACAUCAAGAAAAAUAGAAAUAAGAAAGCAAAGAAAGGAGGCGGUAAGAGGAAAAGCAAGUAACAUAUGUUAGCUGUGUAAACCAGUUUUUAAAAAACCGGUUAUAGAGAAGAAAACAUAUUGGCACAAUGAUCUUCAUCUGAUAAUAAUAGUUGUAGUUUGCACA